AUGGAGAGGGAUGUGAAAAUGAAUAUUCAUAUGGACUACCAACUCCUAGAGAAAGGAAGUGAUCUAGUGGAUGAAGAGGUGAAUGAGAGGAAGGAUAAAGAGGCAGAUGAUAGCAUCAGCCCCAUCUAUAAUUGGGGUCUGAGGAAAGUCUGGGUCUCGGUUAUGGAGCAGGGAGCUACCCACAGAUUGGCGCCCAAGCUGCCAUUCAUACAUGUGGUCAGCAAUGCUCCUCUCUUUCUGUCCAUAGGGUAUGGAAAUGGAGCUGGCCAGUACCCCGGCAAUCUUCAACAACCAGGUUAUGGAGCAAAACCUUCCAAAGCAGGUUAUGGAGCUGGAGGUUACCCAAAUAUUGCUCCUCAAGGAGGCUACAAGAAUGGAAAUGUGGGUUAUCCCAAUAACCUCCAGCAACAAGGUAAUAUCAAUGUUAUGUGCCAGUUACACAUAGUGACCCCUCCUGUAGUGCCACUGCAGUGUUAUCUGUACAGUCCCAGAAUAUCUGGAAAAGCAGGAAAAGCAGGAUACGGGAACGGUGCUGGAAUCCUCCCAAGUUCUGCAGGUCUACAAGGUGGGAAUGGGAAACCUUCCAAAGCUGGCACCGGGUAUCCGAGUAACAUCUACGCACAAGGUCUGGGAGCAAAAACGUCUAAAGCAGGACCUUACAAGCAGCCCUAUUCUAAUGGUUUGUCAAAUUUUCAAGGCAAAGGAAAGGGGAUAAAGUCGCCACUCAGCGCCAACCUUGGUCCUGCAGGAGAAAGCUCCAAACUUGGUGCAUAUGGACAGCUGCCCUACAGAUCCCAGCCCCUGGCUGCUGAUGCUUUGGGAUACGACCCCAAGUCUGCGAAGUCUGGGGGAGUGAAGUCUGCGUACGGUCCCCAGACCGGGUAUCCUGAUCCCGCCAGCAGUAAAUAUGCUGGAGAAGCUCAGACCCCGUACAUUGCUCAGCCGGUUCCUCAGAGUGCUCUGGAAGAGGAAAUUGCUCCCUCGUCCUCUGUAGAAGGAAGUCAGAGUAUCAGAGAGGGGAGUACACCCACCUCGCCCAGCGCCCUGACACAGGGACCUCUGAAAGGUGGAUAUCAGCAACUGGGAGCUGGACAAGGACCUUGGACAUACGCCCCCGAGGAGUCAGCAUAUGGACAGAAUGGAUACUAUGGAAACGGCUACAGAGGCUGCGGCGGGAAGUGCUGAUCUGGAGACAGGACUGUGGCUCAUGAUCUAAACUGACCUCAUUGAUGGGUGGGCGCUGUAUAUAGGGGGGAGGAUUGACAAAUAAAAUGUUAUUAAAAGUUUAAA